AUGGGCUCUCGUUCUCGCGCUCCCGUUCUGUGGGAUAGGGCUACACGGAUGACUUUGCGCGAAACAAGUGGGUUUAUUAGGAGUCUGAGCGGAUGCGAACGGUUCUUUUCGCGUUCAAAUGUCACGCAGAAUUUCUUUUCUGGAGGUCCCGCGCGCUGUUACCGCGUGAUCAAGAACAAACCGUACCCGAAAUCUAGGUAUUGCAGAGGCGUUCCGGACCCGAAAAUCCGAAUCUACGAUGCUGGCAUGAAGAAGUACUCCGUGGACGCGUUCCCGGCGUGCGUGCACUUGGUGUCUUUCGAGAAGGAACAAGUCUCUUCCGAGUCUUUGGAAGCCGGUCGUAUUGCGGCGAACAAGUACAUGGUUAAGAACGCGGGUAAGGAUGCGUUUCACUUGAGAGUUCGAUUGCAUCCGUUUCACGUUUUGAGAAUCAACAAGAUGUUGUCGUGCGCCGGCGCUGAUAGAUUGCAGCAAGGCAUGAGAGGGGCUUUCGGUAAACCGCAAGGGGUGGCGUCUAGAAUUUCUAUCGGUCAAGUCAUGUUGUCGAUUAGAACGAAGGAUGUGCACGCGACGAAGGCGGUGGAGGCGUUCCGUCGCGCCAAGUUCAAGUUCCCGGGACGCCAGCAAAUCGUCCAGAGUACAAACUGGGGCUUUACGAAGUUCAAGAGAGACGACUACGUGAAGUGGAAGGCGUCGGGGAGAGCGCUUCCGGACGGGGUAAACGCAAAGGUUUUGUCUCACCACGGCUUGUUGGCCAAGAGACCGGUUGAACACAUCCAAGAAACCGCGGCGAUGGAGUACAAGCGACCGUUGCACUAA